AUUUAUUUAAUGGAAUCGUUACGGAAUUUUGAGAAGAUGAUUUGGGUUUUACUGGCGUGCGCCACCGCUGUGAAGAGUGAUUAUGUGAAUUUUUAUGUCAAUGAUAAUCGAGCUGGGAACAUUCUCGCGUGUCCCCAGAAUAAACUAUGCACACCCAUCGAUUAUUGCCCUGAUGUUGUGUCAUUGGUGAAUGAAGGGACUUUGCCAGUUCACAGAUUUCGACAGGCUGUUUGUGGCUACAUCGGUACAAGUCCCAAGGUGUGUUGCAAUUCUCCUGGAGUCGUGAAAAAUAAUCCUUACGACCCGAGGGCGUUGGACCCAAAAGCAGAGUGUGGCAAAACGCUGGUGAGGAGUAAUGUCAUCACUAUUGGAUCUUUUCCGUUUCUCGCGAGGAUUGGAUUCAUCAAUUUGAGUGACGGAACUAUGACGUAUCCCUGCACCGGCACAAUUAUCAAUGAAAGAACUAUCUUGACGACUGCCACGUGUGCAUUAGCAACAUCAGAGGACCAUAAAUUGCAUUCGGUGAUGCUGGGGGAUUUCGACACAUCAGAAAAUCCAGACUGCAAUCCUCUUUUCUGCGCCCACUGCGCUCCGUCCUACAACAUCUCAUUCGUCGUGAAACAUCCGAAUUUCGAAGCCGAGAAAUUCGAGCGCAACAUUGCUCUCAUCAGACUCGAUGAGUCAAUCAUCUUCACACUGACGAUUCAACCAAUUUGCUACUUGGAUCGUCCGUACAUAACCGUGGGGAGUCAGUCAACCUUAAUUGGAUGGGGAAGUAUGUCAAACGACAAAGAACAAUCGCCGCCAGUUCAACAGUCACUUCCAAUGAGACUCCUACGACUCCAAGACUGCGCUGAAUUUGUUAAUCAAGGGAUGAGUGUUGAAAUGUGCGCAAUUGGUACACAAGACCCGUGCACUGGAUUUAGUGGUAGUCCUUUGAUAAAACGAGAUGGAAACGGAUAUUCGGUGAUCGGAAUUUUGUCUUUUGGUGUGACGUGUGAGACCAACAAAAAUUCACCCUCUGUCUUCGUCAAUGUCCAGAAAUACGCGAGGUGGAUUGCAGAAAACUCAUGAAAGUGUUUUAAUCAGUUUUUUAAUAGAAAAAAUAUUUUUCUUAUGGGGUAAGGUGGGAGGGUACUUGCUACUUGUUGUUCUUAAAUAUAUUCAGGUAUUUUCCUCUCGUCAUCUCUUUGGCUUCUUCCAAUCCAAGCUGAUAGGCUUCGUCAUGGAGCUUCUUCACCUCGGCGAUUAAACCGGUUACUGUCAAAUUUCCGAGCUCUGGAAAUUCAUUAAUUGUUUUGUCAUAAUAAAUAUAAAUAUGAGUGAUGCAUCAAUUAACUAAUAGAAUUAUUGUUACGGAGGGACCCUGGUGAAAUUUGAAAGUCUUCAGUUGAUGAGAACAUUGAUGAGAGUAACUAUCGAGCGACUUAAAAUAAGAAAAAUUUCGUACCAAAAUCAUUUUACCCUACAUGUUAAGCAAAAACGUUUUUCGUGUUUUUGGCUUUGAAAUGCUCCUCGUACCACAACGUUCAUCCGAUUCAAACUUUUCUGUUGUCAAAAUGUUCGAUA